AUGGAUGCACGAUCAACGGAGUCUCCCCAAUCGUAUCGAUCAGGCAUUAAACGUCCUUGGGAAGACGAUACGAAAACACCAACACAACAAACUGGAAGUAGUAGUAGUUGGUAUCGCGGAACAUUACCACCAAUUGAAGCUGGGCCACUUCUACAGUAUCCAGUGUAUGACAAUCCAGGAAACUGGGCGACACCAAACAACCAACAUACUCGGAAUGGCGAAAGUUCGGUCGUGAAAAGGUCGCGUUACGAGGGGGGUGAUUACAAAGGAGUAGCGAGGGUGGAUCUAGACGCACUUGGGAAAAUGCCCCCAUCGCAGGCACGCUAUUCAGAUGGAUAUGGUCGUGAUUAUAGUCAGACGAUCCAGAACGCUUCUACUCUUGUUCAACCUCCCAGAUUGACCUGUAGGCGGCAGACUACAUUUGAUCACGAAGAAGAAUCUUCACCAGAGUGUUGCGAGCAUUGCCAAAAGAACCCUGAACUUGCCCUUGUUACACAAGCUUGCAGCGUUGGGCUUACUCAGCUAGCGGAGACGCUCCGUUCGGGUAUAGAUUCCGAGAAGCGUGGUAUCAAUCCAUUGCGCCUUCUUCCUUCUGGAGAUCCACCUCCAAUGAUUGACUUUGGUCUAAAACAAACACUCCACUGGAUACUUACCAAGAUCAACAAAGUCAACGAGCUUGCCGAUAAAUUCGUCCAGCAGAUCCCUCCAGGGUCUUCAAAAGUCCCUCUCAAAAAGGAUGCUGUUAACAGUGUGACCCCAUAUGAUCCUCUAAUCAUCAUGAAACGACGUAUUGAAGAUGAUCCCCAGAGAACUACGUUGAAUGACAUGGGUACAUCUGAUUCCAGAAUGCACCAAAGACGACGUAGGUCUAUGGCUAAAUCACUCAGCGAAGAACUUCCACCCAUAAGAACUCAGUCUCCCAACUACACCCAUCUGUCAACCGACAAUACGAGCCGGAGGCUUUCGAGUAUGAAUCCUCCUUCAGCCCCAGCUCGACAAUUACCAUCUCCACCAGGACGAGCUUUUCCGUCGCCAUCUCCGACCUCGGUCAGCUUCUCAUCUCCUUCAGGGUCGACAUCAUACACGGGUCUGUCUGGUGGCCCGUCUCAAUCAUCAAACUCCCACACUUCUAACCAUAUCCUACCUCCCAUUACAAACGCGCAAUCAUCGGAUAGCGCAUUGCAAGUCCACACAGCAGCGCUUCAACAUGAGGUUUCUAUCCAAAAAAUCGCAUUAUCAUCGUUGCAGAGUGAACACGAUAAGCUCCUUGCUGCUUUCUCGCGGUCUCAAAGUCGAGCGAGCGCCCUCGAGAAGAAGCACGAGGUUUCCGACAUCGAAAUUUUUAGCCUUACUGAAGAGAAAACGCGAUUACAUGCCCAAGUUCUUGAAUUGGAGGCAGAAGUCGAGGAUCUUGCGAAAAGUAGGGACACCUACCGACAAGCAGCGGUACAAGAAGGGGCACAGUACGUUGAGAUUGUGAAGAUGGCUAGUCAACUAGAAGAAAAGACUGGGGAAGAGAAAAAGAACUGGAAUAAGUUGAGACUUGAGAUGGAGCAAAGAAUUGAACAAUUGACUGCUGGGAUGAAGAUUCAUACCGAAGAUUUUGGCGCAACCUCACUCAUACCGGAAUGCAUUGAGAAAAAUGCGCCUUCGUCCAGUGAGUACAAUGAUGAAGGAUCAACCGCCAUGGCAUCGACAAAACCUACUAGUGACAAACAACUUCGUGCAAAGGAUGACCAAGCCAAUCUUCUCAAAGCGGAAAUCGAGCGCUUGCAAAAGCGUUGUGAAGAGGUGGAAGCCGCAUUGAAAGCUGUCAGGCAGGAAAGUCGAUCAAUGGAAAGCAUUAUGGAAGCGUUGAGUAGAGCUGGAAAGGGUAUUUUGCAAAAGGUUGAAAGCGUGUCUCUGAGCUCCGAGACAUCCUCGGAACCACAAUUAGAUUCACGACCCAAGCAAGAAAUCGAUCGGCUACUACUUGAAGAAUAA